GCACGCAAUUUGCUAUACUUAAGAAAAUUUCAAUAAAAAUUAAUAAAUUUCAAUAAAAUCAAGUAAAAGUUGUGUUAAAUUAUAAUGGCCCACUAUAAGGGAGCUGCCAGUGAGGCUGGGCGUGCUGCUCAGUUGAUGAAAAAACGUGAAAUCCAACAGCAAGAAAUUGAGUUUCGCAAAAAGAAAAUUGAGGAGGAACUGAAAUUGGACAAAAUAGAAAAUAAAUUCGCCACCCAUUAUGAUGCAGUGGAGCAACAGCUCAAGACCUCCACUAUUGGUCUGGUCACUUUGGAUGAGAUGAAAGCCAAACAAGAGGACAUAGUAAGAGAACGAGAAAAGAAAUUGGCCCAGAAGAAGGAUGAAAAAGAAAGGGAAAAACAAAAGGCUCUGGAAGCCAUACAGGCGGAGAAAAAUAAACAGAAAAAACAAAUACAAGCUUUGUCAUUUAGUUUUAACGAUGAUGAAGAGGUUGAGGAAGAUGAGGACAGCGAAGAAGACGAGGGACAAAAAGAAAUGGAACAACAGAGAAAAAAGGAAAAGGAACUGAAAAUAAAUUUGGAAACUGUGAAAAUUGAAAAGAAAAAAUGGACUGAAAUAAAUCCCGAUGAACUAGUGCCGGUGACUAAAAAGAAAAUUUGCAAAAAUCCCGAUGUAGACACCAGUUUCCUGCCCGACAGAGAACGUGAGGAGGAGGAAAACCGUUUGAGGGAACAGCUGCGUCAAGAGUGGGUAAUGCAACAAGCGGCCCUUAAAGAUCAAGAAAUACCCAUAACAUUCUCUUACUGGGAUGGCUCCGGUCAUCGUCGCAGUGUGGUUAUGAAAAAGGGUAAUUCCAUUUAUCAGUUUUUACAAAAAUGCUUGGAAUUGCUGCGCAAAGAAUUCAAUGAACUUAAAACUGUUAUGGCCGAUCAGUUAAUGUACGUUAAGGAGGAUUUAAUUUUACCACAUCACUAUACUUUCUAUGAUUUUAUUGUGACAAAAGCUCGCGGUAAAUCUGGUCCAUUGUUCCAGUUCGACGUGCACGAUGAUAUUCGGCUGACAAGUGAUGCUUCAGUGGAAAAGGAGGAAUCCCAUGCCGGCAAAGUUUUACUGCGUUCUUGGUAUGAACGUAAUAAACAUAUUUUUCCAGCCAGUCGUUGGGAACCCUACGAUCCUACGAAAUCUUAUGAUAAAUAUACCAUUAAAGAUAAAAAGAAAUAGAUUGUAUGGACAUUGUAGAAAUUAUAUAGGAAAUUUGGUACAAAUACAAUAAAGAUAUUUUAUAAAAAAGAAAAAAA